CGUGCCAGAGAGCAGCAGGCAGAGCCCGGGGCUGGCAGGCUGCUUGGUUUCCUGAAGGGAUCUAUGCCACUUGGUGGCACUAAAAAGUUGCGCUGAAGCCCGGUGCUCCUCCGUACGAAAAGCCUCCUAGACCCCAGCCCAGACCCGCAGGUGCGGCAGCAGAGCGCCCGGGACCCCAGCACCGCGACCCCAGGGACAGCAAACUUCGGCGAGGGCGGUUCGCAAACGGUAGCCGGGACCGCAGGGAGGCAUUUGAGGAUUAUUCAGCUCCAGAAGGUCUGUGUGAGGAGUGCUAUUCUCUGCCGUGGCUGAAAAUAGGAGGCGCCUACCCCUACCUGGCUUGAUUAUUGCCAUCAAAAGGAUCAGUUUGCCACACUGUGGGAAGAAGCAUUUGCUGCCACGGACAAGGUUAUGAGGAUUAUUACCACAUGUGCAGCUCUGCAUAGGUAUCCACGCGGAGAUGAUGGUGACUCCUUAGAGAAUACAAGCAAACUCCUAACUAAGCAUCAGCAUAGUGCUUUUUUUAUCCAAAAGAUUUGAUAACUGCUUUUUACCAGCUCUCCAACUUUAUUCCAUCAUGCUGUCUCUACCAGCCUAAACGAUUUCCUAAAAUGAUCCUUUUGCUGUUCCUUGCAAUCCUGCUGUUGAAGGAAGAUGUCUGUGGGAACUUUGGGCUUUUGGUUUCAGCACAGGCAAAUGAAAGAAGGGUGGUUGCACACAUGCCUGGUGAUAUUAUCAUUGGAGCUCUAUUCUCUGUCCAUCAUCAACCAACUGUUGACAAGGUUCACGAGAGGAAAUGUGGAGAGGUAAGAGAGCAGUAUGGCAUUCAAAGAGUGGAGGCAAUGUUACAUACCCUUGACAGAAUUAAUUUGGACCCCACACUGUUGCCAAAUAUAACUCUAGGAUGUGAAAUAAGGGACUCCUGCUGGCAUUCUGCUGUGGCUCUGGAGCAGAGCAUUGAGUUUAUAAGAGACUCUCUUAUUUCAUCAGAAGAGGAGGAAGGGAUGGUGCGAUGUGUGGAUGGAACAUCGUCGUCUUUCCACUCCAAGAAACCCAUUGUUGGUGUCAUUGGACCUGGCUCUAGCUCUGUUGCUAUCCAGGUCCAGAACUUGUUGCAGCUUUUCAAUAUACCUCAGAUUGCUUAUUCUGCCACAAGUAUGGACCUAAGCGAUAAAACUCUGUUCAAGUAUUUUAUGAGAGUUGUGCCAUCUGAUGCACAGCAAGCAAAGGCUAUGGUGGACAUUGUCAAACGCUAUAACUGGACCUAUGUUUCUGCUGUACAUACUGAAGGAAACUAUGGCGAAAGUGGAAUGGAAGCUUUCAAAGAUAUGGCAGCCAAGGAAGGGAUUUGCAUUGCACAUUCCUACAAGAUCUAUAGCAAUGCUGGUGAACAGAGCUUUGACAAGCUACUGCGAAAGCUUCGGAGCCACCUGCCCAAGGCAAGAGUGGUUGCUUGCUUCUGUGAAGGCAUGACUGUGAGAGGUCUCUUAAUGGCUAUGAGGCGCCUGGGACUUGCUGGAGAAUUUUUGCUGCUGGGCAGUGAUGGCUGGGCAGACAGGUAUGAUGUGACAGAAGGGUACCAGAAUGAAGCAGUUGGUGGGAUAACGAUCAAGCUCCAGUCUCCAGACGUAAAAUGGUUUGAUGAUUACUACCUACAGCUUCGGCCAGAAACCAACCAUAGAAAUCCAUGGUUUCAGGAAUUUUGGCAGCACAGGUUCCAGUGCCGGUUGGAAGGGUUUCCUCAAGAGAACCCUAAAUAUAACAAGACUUGCACAAGCGAGAUGACUCUGAGGACACAGCACGUUCAGGACUCCAAGAUGGGCUUUGUAAUCAAUGCAAUAUACUCAAUGGCAUAUGGGCUCCACAACAUGCAGUUGUCGCUGUGCCCAGGCUACGUGGGCCUCUGUGAUGCCAUGAAGCCCAUAGAUGGUCGGAAGCUUCUGGAAUCCCUCAUGAAGACUAACUUUACUGGGGUCUCUGGGGACAUGAUCUUGUUUGAUGAGAAUGGUGACUCUCCAGGAAGAUAUGAAAUAAUGAAUUUUAAACAAAUGGGGAAGGAUUACUUUGAUUAUAUCAAUGUUGGCAGCUGGGACAAUGGUGAGCUGAAAAUGGAUGAUGAUGAAAUAUGGGCAGAGAAAAGUAAUAUCAUCAGAUCUGUGUGCAGUGAACCCUGUGAAAAAGGCCAGAUAAAGGUGAUCCGUAAAGGAGAAGUGAGUUGCUGUUGGACCUGCACUCCUUGUAAAGAGAACGAAUAUGUAUCUGAUGAAUACACAUGCAAAGCCUGCCAGCUUGGCUCCUGGCCCAAUGAGGACCUCACAGGUUGUGACCUCAUCCCAGUCCAGUAUCUCAGAUGGGGUGAUCCUGAACCAAUUGCAGCAGUUGUUUUUGCAUGUCUGGGUCUGCUGGCCACCUUGUUUGUUACAGUUAUAUUCAUAAUGUACCGUGAUACUCCAGUCGUCAAAUCAUCCAGUCGAGAACUUUGUUACAUCAUUCUAGCCGGUAUCUGCUUGGGUUACUUGUGCACUUUCUGUCUCAUUGCAAAACCUCAACAGAUUUACUGUUACCUUCAACGAAUUGGCAUCGGCCUCUCGCCAGCUAUGAGUUAUUCUGCUCUGGUAACUAAAACCAACCGCAUUGCAAGAAUCCUGGCUGGAAGCAAGAAGAAAAUUUGUACAAAGAAACCUAGGUUCAUGAGUGCCUGUGCCCAGCUAGUUAUUGCAUUUAUCCUGAUAUGCAUACAAUUAGGCAUCAUUGUUGCCCUCUUUAUAAUGGAACCACCAGAUAUAAUGCAUGAUUAUCCAAGCAUCCGAGAGGUCUACCUGAUUUGUAACACCACCAACUUGGGUGUUGUAACUCCCCUUGGAUAUAAUGGAUUAUUAAUUUUGAGCUGCACCUUUUAUGCGUUUAAGACAAGAAAUGUCCCAGCUAACUUCAAUGAAGCAAAAUAUAUUGCCUUCACAAUGUAUACCACCUGCAUCAUUUGGCUGGCUUUUGUGCCAAUAUAUUUUGGAAGCAACUACAAGAUAAUCACCAUGUGCUUCUCAGUGAGUCUGAGUGCCACAGUGGCCCUCGGCUGUAUGUUUGUGCCCAAGGUCUACAUCAUCCUUGCUAAGCCAGAAAGAAACGUGCGCAGUGCAUUCACCACAUCGACUGUAGUCCGCAUGCAUGUAGGGGAUGGAAAGUCAUCUUCAGCUGCAAGCCGCUCAAGCAGCCUGGUGAACCUGUGGAAAAGAAGGGGAUCAUCCGGUGAAACCCUUAGGUACAAAGGCAGGAGACUGGCUCCCCCGCACAAGUCGGAAAUAGAGUGUUUCACCCCAAAAGGGAGUAUGGGGAAUGGUGGGAGAGCUACAAUGACCAGUGAAGAAUCUGUUUGCAUUCCAGACUGUAAUCGAUCUGAGUCAAGUAGAGAGGAGAAAAAGGUUCCUGUCAAAGAGGAUGCCCUAACAGUCAAAAAGACUGGAAACUGUGUCAGUCUAAUAGUUCCACAGCAAGACUGUCAGCUGCAAGACCUACUCAAACACUCUAACGGGAAAUCAGUUUCCUGGGCCCAGAAUGAGAAAAGCAGCCGAGGAGCACACCUUUGGCAGCGGUUGUCAGUCCAUAUCAACAAAAAAGAGAACCCCAAUCAAACUGCAGUGAUCAAGCCUUUUUCUAAAAGCACAGAUAGUAGCCGACCCAGUAGCAGCGCUACAUUACCUGAGGCUAGUGCCAAAACACUUUACGACGUUUCGGAAGCCGAAGAGCAAUACCCAGCUCAGUACCGACCGCAGACUCCCUCACCUAUCAGCACCUUGAGCCACAGAACUGCCUCCGUUAGCCGAACAGAAGACGAUGUCCCCACCUUCCAGUCAGAACCUCCUCAGCGAAGUAGCUCUUCUCAAGGCUCCCUCAUGGAGCAGAUCAGUAGUGUGGUUACUCGUUUUACAGCCAAUAUCAGUGAGCUGAACUCUAUGAUGCUUUCAACAGCUACUCCAGGGACAAUGGUGGCUGCUCCUCUCUGCUCUUCAUACCUGAUUCCACGUGAAAUCCAGCUCCCUACUACAAUGACCACGCUUGCAGAGAUCCAACCACUUCCUGCCAUUGAAGUCAAUGGCGCUUCACAGUCUGGUAGGAAACCUUCAAAUGACAGCGUCAAAGAAGGCACUUCAGAGACACCAUCAGCCAAGCAAGACCUGGAGGAGUUGGUAGCUUUAACUCCUCCUUCUCCUUUUAGAGACUCCGUUGAUUCUGGAAGUGCAUCUCCCAGCUCUCCAGUUUCCGAAUCAGCUCUCUGUAUCCCAUCCUCUCCCAAAUAUGACACACUCCUCAUCAGAGAUUAUACUCAAAGUUCUUCUUCGCUGUGAAUGUAGUUCAAGACAACAUUGGAUCUCAACAGCUACAAGGAAGUAGUGAGGCAAUAGCCAAGCCUUCAAGAUCUCCAGUGUUUACGCAGAUAGAGUGAGAGGCAUGGGGUCAUCUUGUGAGGAAUGGAGGGGAAGAAGAGGAAUUAUUUGAGAAGUGGAAACAUCAGAUUAAUUAUGCUGAUUUAAAGACAAAAUGACUCUUGGCAGAUUAUCGUGGCCUUAAAAAAACAUGGGCUUUUCAGAAACACUGAAUCUACUUUUGAGGGCUUAUAAGGAGUCUGUUAAUCCAGUUACAUACCAAGUGCUUUGCUUUAGUAUUACAAUGAACUGUGUGUACAAUAUACGGGGCAGGGUGGGAGGGAAACUAGAUUGUAAACAACUGUACAAUGGUUUGUUUGUUUACUCUGAUUCCUUACCCAGAAGUCAACCUUGAUCUUUUAUCAAGAAUAGAAGACCAAACAUUGAAUGUACAUUUUCUAACAGACUCAAAUCUGGGACCAACCUGUCAAGCUUUCUUUUUUUUUUUCUAUGAAGAUCUCAACAAGCAGUAAUGUAUGUUCAAUAACAAUGAAACUUUUUGCUGAAGAAUAUUGUGUCCGUGAUACCUUACACUUGGAUAACACUAAGCUGAGGCUCUGCAGUGAGUGACUGCAAUAUGGAGGGCUUCACAAGUGACUUCUCUACCUACACGUUUGUUUAUGAAAUUCUCUUCUAUCAGUAUCAAAAAUUCAAUUUGUUAACAUUGGAUUCACCUUCACAACAACAAAACCCAAGGAAGAUUUCCUGACUAUUUCACCAUGUUGCCAACUAAUAAUGAAGUAGCAAAAAAUAUUUUCUGGAGUACUGUUUUGUAAUUCCCUUAUCAGGGCAAGUUGUUGAGAUGAAUAUUCUCUUUCUAGCAGCACUACUGAGCUAUAAUAUAGCUGCACUCCCUACUGAAACUAAUACAUUUUUACGGAUGUUCUUAUGCUAACAUUACCAGUUAAAAUACUUAUUCAGAUUCCCACAAUCUUUGCUUGUAAGGAACAGGUAAACACCCUAAGGAUUUUCUCCAUACUUUGAAUGACAGAAUUCUAGGAGACCAAUUUGGAUUAUGAUGAAUGCUUACUGUCAGUGGAAAGGUUGUCACAAUCAUAAUUAAUA